AUGGCGGCGGGCGCGCUCGGGGGGCUCGUGGCCGCGCUGGAGACGCACCGGGGCCGCGACCGGGCGGUGCGGGCGCUGUGCUACGGCUGCCAACAGGCGGGGGCAGCGCUGCCCGGGCCCGCGGGGCUGCCCGGGGGGCUGCUGGCCGCCUCCGCCCAGCUCAGCUCCUGCCGCACCGCCCUGCGCCUCUUCGACGACCUGGCCAUGCUCCGGCACAGCUGCAGCUACGGGCUGGGCCCCGAGGGCGAGGACGCGCUGGUGCGGGGGCUCUCGGUGCUCUGCAACGUGGCCAACCAGCUCUACUACCCCUGCGAGCACCUGGCCUGGGCGGCGGAUGUCGGCAUCGUGCGCGCCGGCUCCCAGAAGUGGUGGAGGCGGAGCACGGCGCUGUGGGGCUGUGCCCUGCUCCUGGGCAUCCUGCGAUCCCUGAGAAUCUUGUUCCAGUUGAGAAGAAAACUGAGCCAGCAGAAGUGCAGCACUUCUUCACCUCAGAGCCAGCAGAAGCUGAGAGCCCAGGUGAAGGCUGAAGUUCUGAGCAUCCUCAUGGAGACAGCAGAUCUCUCCAAUGCGAUCCACUGGUUGCCUCCAGGAUUCCUCUGGGCAGGAAAGUUCCCUCCAUGGUUAGUAGGACUCCUGGGGACCAUCUCCUCCCUGAUUGGAAUCUACCAGGCAUCAAGAGGAGCAAAUUCUGAAGCUGCUUAAGCCAUAGCUGAGCUUCACAAACCCAGUUUUCACAUGGUAAAAGUGCCUUUAGUGAGGCAGGGUGUAUUUUAACUUUUCUGAGUCGAUGAUUGUCAUUCCAGAUAUCCCAUAAUUGGGACUGGAAUCCAGAUGCCUGUUGCUGAGGGGAUUGUUUGCAGCUGACAAUUUUUAUCACUCUUCAUCAGAGAAGUAAUUCAGGUGAAUCAUCUGAAAAUCAAGAAUCUCCUACAAAGAGGGGAGGGGAAAAGAGUUUCUUCUAUCUGUCCCAAAAGAUAAGUGCAACUUCCCAGUGUUUUCUGCCACUAAAAAGAGCACAGUGGGCGCGUCUCUGUCAUAGAGAACUGGUAAGGGAUGAAUCCUGUGAGUUCACCCUCUGAGCUCAUUUUUUGGUGCUGCAUCUGAGCCAGGGAUGGGAGUUCUCCAGGUAUUUUGGGGUUUGGGCUCAGAGCUGAUGCCUGGAGCUCAGGCAGGAGUGAGCAGGGGUGCUGUUUGUGACAGCUGUGUUUCCUCAGAGGCAAGAGGGGCAGGAAAUUGCCACUGGGAGCAGCCUGAACCUUCCUAGCCUGCCUUGCCCGUUUAAAUGUUGGAAGUGGAGACUUCCCACAGAGCUGAGGCUCCAGCUGUGCCUUUGUGGAAUGCCACCGGGUGGAGCUCUUCCACCAGGCUCCAGCAGCAGCCAAAGGACCUUUUUUUUAUUACAAAAAAAAAAAAAAGAAAAAAAGGAAAUUUAUUAAUCAUCUUUCAAAGGAGCAAUCAAACCAAUGCCGAGGUGGGGUUUGCAGUUACAGUUCUGGGCGUUGCCAACAAUAAACGACACAAAUACUUCAAAGUUGACCUUGAGUGAUCAUUCCUCCUGAUAACAGGGAGAAGUUCUUUAUCUUUGGUUCUGGAAAGCUCCAAAGCAUUAGUGUUGUGUGAGCUGCAGCUCCACAUGUGUCACCAGCCUUCCUCCUGCUGAAAUAAUUCCCAGCCCUGCCUGACUGCCAUGGAAAUGCAUCCUUUGAAAAGAGUUCUGCUUAGUCUGCGUGUCCCUGCGCCCAGCAUGGCACGUGCUGCACUUCCAGGAGCUUUGACCUUGGUUUGUGUUGUUGUUUUUGGCCUGGACACGGGGAGCCUGUGUUCAAAGAGCAGAGUGAAGCCUGGAUACUCUUUAUCCUUUGCCCUGUCCUUGGUGUUUAUCUGGACCUUCACCAUGCAGAGUGUCCCUGAGGAAGCCUUGCUGGCUGUGCUGGGGAUUUGCUGCCACACUGACUGGUUUUGGUACAACUCAGGGCUUACCUGGAGGAGACUCUUGUUUUUUCUCUCCUUUUCUCAGUCCUGUAUCUGAACAGGGGGAGCACCCAAGUCCUCCUGCCUAGGGACAGCUCUG